AUGGACACGAACACGCCCCUCCACCCGGACAUCACCACCCUCCCGCCCGACACGGGCCAGCGCCACGGCGACUUCCUCACCGCGAUCCCCUACAACCGCUCCAUGUACCGCACCACCUUCUCCCUGCGCGCCGCCUCCGUCCUCUUCGGCCUGAUCACCCUCGGCAUCCUCGCCUCGCAGAUCGACACCGACCUCAACUUCAUACAGAACUGGGCCAUGGGUAGCCCGACGGCCAUCCUGGCCAUCCUCUGGAGUCUGGCUGACAUCAUCGCGCUGGUGGUGCGGGACCGCGGCGUGAGGUGGACCAAGGACGACGGCAGCGGCGGGAGGCGGCAGAGGAGCACGCGGUUCAGCUGGGGGAGUCCUGGCGGCCAUGUCGCGGGGCACCUGUUUAUCUGGGCGCCGGCGGCGGCGAUGAUGGGUGUUACGGUUGCAUUUUGGUUGGACUUUAUGGAGUAUGACAGGCCGGGGAGGGAGAGGGAGCUGCAUACCAUGACGGGGCUCAUCGUCUCCAUGUUCUGCACAAUGGUAAUACAUUUCGCGCUGUUCGUCUUUGCGUGCGUCGAGGUGGACAACGCGCAGAGGCAGUACUCGGACGUGGUGUUCGUGCCGAGGGGGGAGUUGUCCGAGAUGGUGCCGGUGCCGCCGACGACGCCGUGGGAGAUUUUCGUGCCGAAGAAGAUGUCGCUUAGUUUCUUCGCGAAUCACUACGUGAGGUUCGUGCCUGGGGUGGACGGCACGGUCACUGUUGCGAGGGAUUACAGCAGUCGACAAGCGAGGUUUUGA